AUGGACAUUAAAGACUCCGGAAGCGUUAUUCUGACAGCUUACCAUUCAUUCACAGCCUCCAGGAUACAUUUGGUGGAUGAGAACUAUGCACAUUUGUCACCGAAGCAUCCGUCAUUAAACAGAGGACUGUACCACAGGCCAAUAAGGAUGAGCUCAGCGGAGGCGCCGACUCCGCCCAGAGAGCACCCCUCCACCCGGCAGUCAAAGGAUGCCAUGGAUGACUACUGGAGCGAGGUGAGGAACAUUGAGGAGAAUUGCCACGGUAACCAGGAGGAACAGCUGGAAAGAAGCAGCAUGGAUGAGGCGGAGCUUGAGGAGGCGUGGCUACACGAAGCCGGCCUCUCCAUGCUGGUGUCAGGCACUGUGGCCGACACCCCCGCUGAGGCCCUGCUAUCCACCCUCACGCGGUCUCAGGCGGCUAUGGUGAAGAAAAGACUGGAUAAUUACACUCAGACCAUGCGCAAGAGGAACAAACAGCCUACCCGUCACGUCAGGGAUGUGUUCUCCACCGCUGACACCUCGCCUGCUGAACCAACUCCCCCAGUCUCACCUAAUGGACAGAUUGCUCCAAGACUGCCUAACUGGAAUCCCCCAAAAGAGUGAUCCUUAUGCUCAGUUGUCUCCUCUGCAGAGAACCAUGUGCCGGAGUUCCGGCAGCAGGAAGAUCACAUCCUCUCGAGUGAAGUGCCGUAUUCAGAUGGUGUGGCAGUUCAUCGGAAAGGCAAAAAAUGCCAGGACUGUCAGAGGGUCCGCAAAGAAGACAAAGAGAUGCCUACAUUUCGGAUAAUGAAACCAAAACAGGGUCUGACCAGAGUAAAUGAUCUGUCACCGGAGGACAUUAAGAAGAUCGGCUAUAUCGCUUUGAUAGAGUUGACCACUUUUUAUGAUGCCCUUGGCAUUGAACUGAAGAGGAACCGCACGGGACGGAGCAAGGCACGAGAAAAUGGCAUAUUUGGAGUUCCCCUGACGACGCUGCUGGAGAACGACCAAAAAAAAUUUCCUGGUUCCAAAGUUCCUCUUGUUUUCAAAAAGCUGUUGUCUAAACUUGAGCAGUCAGGGCUACAGACGGAGGGCAUUCUCAGAGUGCCUGGCUCAGCCUCCAGAGUAAAGUACUUGCGGCAGGAACUGGAAACCAAGUUCUACGAGGACAGUUUUGACUGGGAACAGGUGCGGCACAAUGAUGCAGCGGGCCUGUUAAAAAUGUUCAUUAGGGAGUUACCUUACUCCCUCCUCACGGUCCAGCACCUUCCAGCCUUCACCGCUGUUCAGAAUAUCUCCUCGCCCAGACACCAGAUCCAGGCUCUGCACCUCCUCGUUAUGCUCCUGCCUGAUGCCAACAGAGACACACUGAAGGCUCUGUUGGAGUUUCUGUGGAAGGUGGUGGCUUACGAAGAGAAGAACCGCAUGAGCCUGUGGAACGUCUCCAUGAUCGUGGCACCCAACCUCUUCACAUUUCGCAGCAAGAACCCCAAACAGGAGGAGAUGCAGGAGGCUAUGGGGGCAGCCCACCUCGUCCGUCUGCUCAUCACUCACCAGGACCUCCUCUGGACGGUCCCCUCCUUUCUGAUCUCUCACGUGAGGAAGAUGAACGAGGCCUCCAUGAACAAGAAGACUCCUACCUCAGAGAAGACCAAGAGGAGGCUGCUGAGGAGGCGUGUCCCAGAAAGAGAGGAAAAGAAGAAUGAGCGCUCAGGCGUCCCAGAUGGGGUCAUCAGGGUUCACGCCCCUCUUCAUGCCAAGGUCUCCAUGGCGAUACAGCUUGACAGUGAGACAAAAGCCAAGGACGUAAUGGCGCGCUUCGACGUUGAGAAUGGGCGAGGAUCCAGGAGCACUAGUCGAAGGCAGAGACAGUAUUUGUUUGAGGUUGGAGGCAACAUAGGAGAACGCUGCUUGGAUCCAGAUACUUAUCUCCUCGAGGUGUAUCGUGUGAAUCCCCACUGUGAAUGGGUGUUAAAAAGUAGAACAAACUGA